UCGCUGCAACCUAUCGUCUUAUUUGCUGGGCGUUUUACAUAUUUUUUAUUGGGAAAUACAACAAAGCCCCUCAAAGGACACUAUGCUCGUUCUGGUACUCGGCGACCUGCACAUUCCGCACCGGUGCAGCAGCCUGCCGGCCAAGUUCAAGAAGCUGCUGGUGCCGGGCCGCAUUCACCACAUCCUGGCCACCGGAAACAUCUGCACCAAAGAGUCCUACGACUACCUGAAGUCCCUGGCCAACGAUGUGCACAUAGUGCGCGGCGACUUCGACGAGAACCUCACGUAUCCGGAGCAGAAGGUGGUCACGGUGGGCCAGUUCCGGAUCGGUCUGUGCCACGGCCACCAGGUGGUUCCCCGGGGAGAUCCCGAGGCGCUGGCCCUCAUCCAGCGACAACUGGACGUGGACAUCCUGAUCACGGGGCACACGUACAAGUUCGAGGCCUACGAGCACGGGAACAAGUUCUACAUCAAUCCGGGCUCGGCGACGGGUGCCUUUAACCCACUGGACACCAAUGUGGUGCCGUCGUUCGUGCUGAUGGACAUACAGAGCACCUCGGUGGUCACCUACGUCUACCAACUGAUUGGCGACGAGGUCAAGGUGGAGCGCAUCGAGUACAAGAAGAUCUAGGGUCCUAGUAUUAGCCACCAGCCAUUCCCAACCACACCCUGACCCCCUGAGCUUGGCUUAAAUAAAGAAAUUGUAAAUGUACGUAGCAAUAAAUCAAGUUCUCAUUUUUUAUCUGAUAAAAGGUGCUGACAUUUUAUUUAAAUAGAAAAUAAAAUUAUGAUCGAAUGAA